AUGGCGUUGAGCACCGAAAGAGCCUCUUCAUCGUCUUUUCCUAGAGCUAUUCAAUGGAAAUAUGAUGUCUUUUUGAGUUUUAGUGGUGAAGACACCCGCAAGCGUUUUACAGCCCAUUUAUAUGAGGAACUGAAAUAUCUAGGAAUUAGAACUUUCUUGGAUAACCCUGAACUUGAAAUAGGAAAACCGAUUCCUGCAGAACUGUCCUCAGCAAUUACAGAAUCAAGGUUAGCCAUCAUUGUUAUCUCUCCAAAUUAUGCUUCUUCAACAUGGUGCCUUGAUGAACUCCUACAAAUUCUUCAAUGCAUGGAAGCGAGAGACACAGUUCUGCCAAUUUUCUAUGAUUUGGAACCUUCUGAUGUUCGAAAACAAACGGGGAGCUUGGCGAAAGCCUUCAGUGACCAUGAAAAAAGGUUUGACACAAAUAAGCUGAGAGACUGGAAAGCGGCUUUAACAAAAGUCGCUAAUCUUAUAGGGUGGACUGCAAAGGAUAAGGAUGAACCAGGACUCAUCAAAGAAAUUGUUCAAAAGGUACAAACCAAAGUACCUCCUGUAUUCUGGGAAUCAAAAAAGCUGGUUGGGAUUGAGCCAAGGUUGGAGCAACUAUAUUCGCUUUUAGAUAUCGACUCUGAUGAUGUUCACUUCAUAGGGCUUUGCGGAAUGGAUGGGAUUGGUAAGACAACCAUUGCUAAGAUAGCUCGCAAAACUCUUGGAGAUAAAUUUGAUGUGAGCAGAUUUUUCAGCGUUAAGAUGGUCUCUGAAAAACAUGGCCUUGUCAAUUUACAAAGAAGACUUUGCAAAAGCCUUAUGAAGAAAAAUUCAGAAUACUGGGACAACAUUGAUGAGGAAGCCACCAUGAUAAACUUCUUAUUUCAAAAAAAGGUUCUUCUCAUUCUUGAUGACGUGGAUGACAUCAGUCAGUUAGAGAACUUGUGUGGAAACAGAGAUUGGUUUGGUCCGGGGAGCAGAAUCAUUAUUACAACUGCAAAUGAAAAAUUGCUAAUUACACAUGGUGUGAAAAUAUUUAAGGUGCCGGAGUUAGAUGCAAACGAAGCUAUUCAACUUUUUAGCUUGAAGGCCUUCAAAAGAGAUUAUCCAGACAAAAAAUUUACAGCUUUAUCUCGAUGUUUUGUGGAUUGUGCCAAUGGCCUUCCGCUAGCUCUUGAAGUCUUGGGAUCAUAG